AUGUCAACAUUUAUCACGACACUAGAUGAAGAAAUAAAUUACAUUCAGGAUUUACUUCAAUCUAUUCCAUUUAGUUCAGACAGAACAACACACUUUUUAAAAGUGUACAAAAUUUCUCAUCAAGAAUUGAUGAAGUUGAAUGAACAACCACUUAAAUUCCCUGUAGAUGCUAAUAAGUUGUUAAAGUUGGGUAUCUCCUUGGGGAAUUUGAUUAGAACUUUACAAAUAGAUGAGGAAAGUUAUCAGCAACAACAUAAUCAACAACGCCAGUUUUUACAGAAUUUAAAUAAUGCUAAAAACAGUGGUAUCAACAGUGGGAAUAACAGUAAUAAUGGAACCAGGGUUUCAUCGACAGUUUCUGACCCAUUUAGAGAUUCGACAAUAUUACAACCACCUCCACUUAAACAUAUCAUCAAUUCAAAUAAUAGUUCCAACACCAAUUUCUUGUCACCUAAUGUAUCACAACCACCUUAUCAAAUUAGAUUUAUCAAGAAUUUGGUGAAUAUUUUGAAAAACUUUGAUAUUGGUCCGAGAAAUGAUUUUGUUCAAUCAAGUGCUACAUUGAAUCAAUCGGGGAAUAAUAAUGGAACCACAAAUAGAGAUAGUGUAAGUUCCAAUCAAUCUAUAUUCUAUACCCCACAAAGAGUCAUGUCUAAUGGGAGUAACACAUCAUCAGCUAAUAUGUCACCGAUUAAAUUGAAUUCAAAGCAAUUACUCAUUGAAAAAUUGGAGAUUAAUAUCAAUUUAGAUAAUUUGUUCAUUUAUAAAAUCACAUUGAAAUUGAUUUUGGAAAUCUUUCACAUUUUGAAACAAAACCUUAUCAAUACCACCAGUAAAUUGAAUGAUCCAUCAUUUGCCAUGACUCCAACAAAAUACGAUUUUGAUGAAAGCUCAUCGAUUUUCUCACUGAAUUCUUCAACUUCUCAAGACUCAAGCUUAACUAAUGAUGAAUACUAUAAACUUUUAUCAGUCGCUAUACUGAGAAUAAGUCACGGUAUCGUGCAACCUUUUGUUAUUUUGAUAUACAGAGAAUUUGCAGAAACUAAAAUAAGCGAUGAUUUCACACAAUUGAUCAACAGUUUAUAA